ACAACUGCGUGGUCCGUCUUUACGACGUUUUCCGACACUGCCGUGCGUGAAUACGCCGUCGUUACCGAGUGAAGUGCGUCUCUUUGGAGCAGAUACCGGCUGAGGGAAACGCAACAGCAAGAGAAAAUACAAUUCACUCGGGGUCAUUUCUCCCUGGACCAACUCCGUUCACCGCGCAUCCCUCCGCCGGAACAUUAAAUUUACCUCGACAGCUCGAUGUGGAAGCUGGGUUAAAAGAAGAAAGGGCCACGCUGGGGAAGGGAACCAGCUGAAAUAUCAAACCGAGCUCGUUGGAGGAGCACAGUUGCCUCCCAAAGCGACGCUUUAAGAAAGGAAGGAGUGCACACACUUCAGGCCAAACAGUGGUGAAAAUGGACUAUGACUUUAAAGUGAAGCUCACCGGCGAAAGAGAGCGAGUCGAGGACCUGUUUGAGUACGAAGGAUGCAAAGUGGGAAGGGGCACUUACGGUCAUGUGUACAAGGCGAAGAGAAAAGAUGGGAAGGACGAUAAGGACUACGCCCUUAAGCAGAUUGAAGGCACCGGUAUCUCCAUGUCGGCCUGCAGAGAGAUUGCACUGCUGCGGGAACUGAAGCACCCCAACGUGAUCGCGCUGCAGAAGGUCUUCCUGUCCCACAGCGACCGCAAGGUGUGGCUGCUGUUCGACUACGCCGAGCAUGAUCUUUGGCACAUUAUUAAGUUUCACAGAGCAUCCAAGGCCAACAAGAAGCCACUUCAGCUGCCGAGAGGAAUGGUCAAGUCCUUGCUCUACCAGAUUCUGGAUGGCAUCCAUUACCUCCACGCCAACUGGGUGCUCCACAGAGACCUGAAACCAGCGAACAUUUUAGUGAUGGGAGAAGGGCCUGAGAGGGGCAGGGUAAAGAUUGCGGACAUGGGGUUUGCACGCCUCUUCAAUUCACCGCUGAAGCCUUUAGCCGAUCUUGACCCUGUGGUAGUCACUUUCUGGUACAGAGCACCUGAACUGCUGCUGGGAGCUCGGCACUACACCAAAGCCAUCGACAUCUGGGCGAUCGGCUGCAUUUUUGCAGAGCUGCUUACGUCUGAGCCCAUAUUCCACUGUCGUCAGGAAGACAUCAAGACCAGCAACCCUUACCACCACGACCAGCUGGACCGAAUAUUUAACGUUAUGGGCUUCCCUGCUGAUAAAGACUGGGAGGACAUCAAAAAGAUGCCGGAGCACUCCACACUGAUGAAAGACUUUAGAAGGAACACAUACACAAACUGCAGCCUUAUAAAGUACAUGGAAAAACAUAAAGUUAAACCAGACAGUAAAGCAUUCCACUUGCUGCAAAAACUGUUGACCAUGGACCCCAUCCGUAGAAUCACUUCCGAGCAGGCGAUGCAGGAUCCCUACUUUUUAGAAGAACCUCUUCCAACCUCUGAUGUGUUUGCAGGCUGUCAGAUUCCUUAUCCCAAGAGAGAGUUCCUGACAGAAGAGGAGCCAGAGGACAAAGGAGACAAAAAAAACCAGCAGCAGCAACAGGGAAACAACCACACAAAUGGGGCAGGUCACACCGGCAACCCUGACAACAGCCACGCCCAGGGCCCGCCUCUAAAGAAAGUGCGGGUUGUCCCACCCACCACUACCUCAGGUGGCCUCAUAAUGACCUCAGACUACCAGCGUUCAAAUCCACAUGCUGCCUACCAGAACCCUGGACCAAGCACAUCACUGCCCCAAAGCAGCAUGGGAUACUCCUCUACCUCCCAACAGCCACCCCAGUACUCCCACCAAACCCACCGCUACUGAAACACCCCUCCCUGCACAUAAACACACCCAUUUCUAGCACACGCACACACACAGCUCUUUCCACGCCCACCUAAACGAAUGUACUGAGGGAUGUGGAGAAACGUUCCCCAUCAACCAAUCAACUAACCAACCCCACAGAGGGCGCUAUAUCUGCAGCAACCUAUCAACAAACUUGGCUUGUUCCAGACUAUGAAAGGAAUCCAGUUUGAGAAACAAAGCAUAGAGCCUGAUUCGUGAAACGGAUAACAGGAAGGGAAAAUUAAAAGGAAAUGUGAUAGAAUCCGACCUGUUUCUGUUACUCAGACAUAAUAAAAACGAAGAAUCUCUGGUGUCCUCUCCUCUACUCUGCGACUGACCUUCUCCCAGCCAAUUCACCUCCUGUCAAAGCUUGGAUGAACCUGAAAGCUGCUAUGUGACUGCCAGCCUGGACAGAUUCCCAGCCCGUCGGUCCGCCUCUCCGUGUGUCCGUUCAUGUGAUGGCUGCAAAGAGCUGCUGGGAGGCAUGCUGGGUGGAUGCGGAUCUCCUGCAUCUGUUGAGUGGAUUUUUUUUCUUUUUAUUUUCAAAAGAGGACAAAGAAAAAUUACAAGAUUUUAAUAGUUUAUAAUUUUAUCUGUGGUCAUGGUUUUGUUUUCACGGCAAGAGCAGCUUGUCUGAGCCAAGCACUCGGCCACUGCAUGCUGUGGUUUGGUUAAAGCCUUAGAUUACGUGACGGCAAAACCAACCAAUGGCACGGAGGAAGGCCGAUGGAACAUGCAUUGUACUGUAAUGUACUGAAAUAUUUUACAUGCAACAAAUAUCCUGACAAUAAAGGUGGAAACAUUAA